AUGGAGUCUGAGAAGGAAGUUUCCCAGCACUUGGACGGCGCCGAGGCGCCCUCGUCGAGAGAGGAUGUAGAGGAGUUUACCUGGACGGAGGAGGAGGAAACCAGAAUCAGGCACAAGAUUGACUGGAAUACCGUGCCCCUCGUCACGGUCCUCUACAUGUUUUGCUUCCUGGACCGUAUAAAUAUCGGCAACGCCUUGAUCCAGGGUCUACGAGACGAGCUCCAGCUUCAAGUCGGCUACCGCAUCAACUGGGCUCUGUGCAUCUUCUACAUCAUCUACCUCUUGGUCGAAGUGCCCAGCAACAUCAUCCUGAAGCGCGUCGGCCCCCGCUUCUACAUCCCCGCCCUCGUGGUCGGAUUCGGCAUCGUCACCAUCGGCAUGGCUUUCGUCAAGAGCUUCACCACACUCCUUGUCACCCGCGCGAUUCUCGGCAUCUUUGAGGGCGGUACGUUUCCCGGCAUUGCCUUUUACCUCAGCUCCUUUUACAAGAGAAAGGAGCUUUUGUUCCGCGUGGGCAUCUAUGUGUCCGCCGCCUCGUUCGCCGGCGCCUUUGGCGGUCUCCUCGCCGCCGGCCUCUCGAAGAUCCCCGAGUGGGGCGCCGCCGGCGCCCGUAUCUACAAGUGGCGCAACAUCUUCUUCUUCGAGGGCGUCCUGACCGUCAUCGUCGGCCUCCUCGCUCCCAUCUGGCUGCCUGCCUCGCCCGAGACCGCCAAGUUCCUCACGCCGCGCGAGCGCCGCAUCGCCGCGGCCCGACUUCUCGUCGAGCACCGCGAGAACCCCGAGCCCGUCGUGGAGAGGCGCCACAUUCUCCGCGCCUUCACUUGCCUUCACAACUACACCUGCGCGCUCGGCUUUUUCCUGAUCAACAUCACCGUGCAGGGUCUCUCCGUCUUUAUGCCCACCAUCAUCGCCGAUAUGAAGAUGGAGGUGAACCCGCAGCUACUCACCGUGCCCCCGUACGUCGCGGCCUGCAUCGUGGCGGUGGCUGUCGCCUACAUCAGCGACAAGACCAAGCGCCGCGGUAUCUAUCUCGCCGUCUUUUCUAUCCCGGCCAUGAUUGGAUUCGGUAUUCUACGUUGGUACCAAGAGAAGGCGGGCGUCCGCUAUAUGGCUAUUUUCUUCAUUACCGUGGGCGCGUUCCCUGGUGGACCGGCGUUCUUGAGCUGGGCGAUCAAUAACACUGGUGGCCCGGCCGUCCGAGCCGUCUCUAGCGCGUGGGUAGUCACUUUGGGCACAAUUGGCGGAAUCGUCGCUACUUGGACGUACAUCUAUUGGGACGGGCCAAAGUACCCCAUCGGCCACACCAUCAACUUUGUGGGACAAAUCAUUGUCUUCUUCCUUUCGCUGUUCGGAAUUGCGUACUGCGCCUGGGAGAAUAAGCAGAGGAGGGAUGGCAAGAGGGACCAUAGGCUCGAUGGAUUGAACGAAUUCGAGGCCCGCGAUCUCGGAUACAAGCACCCUGAGUUUAUGUACAUGAAGUAA